AUGAAAUUAGCAUAAUUAAUCCUAUUCUCUUUAUUGAGUUUAACCUGCUUUUGCUAGCUAACAUCUCUAAAAAGUGAAAACAAGCUUGAAAAUAUCAAAGUUGAUGAUCUCAUACUUUUUAAUAAAUGGAAAUUUGAGAAUAAAAAAAGCUAUUUCAACCAUGAAGAAGCUAGUUUUCGUCAGAUAUUAUUUUUGAAAAACCUUAAAAAUAUAAACUUCCAUAAUGCUAACAAAACACAUACUUACAAAGUAGCAGUCAACUAGUUCACAGAUUUAACAUAAGAAGAAUUUGAAGCUAGCUAUUUGAAUCCUAUUUUAACUUAGGCAGAGAAACUUAGAUUCCUUCAAAGAGAUGGCGGUUAAAACGGUGGUAAAGACGGUGGAUCAAAUUAAACUUAAAAUUGUACUGAUGUUAAAAACUGUUAAAAUCCACCACCUCCAGUUAUAUAACCUCUAUAUAACGUUAGCUAAAGCAUUGACUGGAGAUAGUCAGGUGCUGUAAGUCCUGUAAAAAACUAAGGUUCUUGUGGUUCUUGUUGGGCUUUUUCAGCUGUUGCUUUGGCUGAAAGUGUAAACUUACUAAGGAAUAAUUCUCUAGCCUUGUAUUCUGAAUAGGAAUUAGUUGAUUGCACUUACAAGAAUCCUUAAUACUAUAACUAUGGUUGCUAAGGAGGAUGGCCUAGUGUUGCUUAUAGAUACAUAAAGGAUUAAGGUAUUUCUUCCCAAUAAAAUUAUCCCUAUAUUGGCUAAAACAGAAACUGUUCAAUUAACUCAGCUUCUCCUCCUAAAGCCUUUUAUGCCAAAGAUCCUAUUUACUAUUAUACAAAUAAUGGAAACUAGACAAAUUUAGUGUAGUAUGCAGUUAAUCAAGCUCCUAUUUCUGUUCUUGUAGAUGCAACUAAUUGGAGCUCUUAUUCUUAAGGAGUAUUUAACAACUGUGGAAACGUAACUAUAAAUCAUGCAGUUCUGCUUGUUGGAUAUGAUACUUCUGGAAAUUGGCUAGUCAAAAACUCUUGGGGUACUAACUGGGGUCAAAAAGGUUACAUUACUCUAGCUCCUGGUAAUACAUGCAAUGUAUAAAGCUCACCAUUAGGAGGUUUAUGA